AUGCGGGAUACUGUCGGCUGUGAACAGCCUAAGGAGAAGAAAUACAAUGGGACAGGCCGAGGUGUAUAUAACUUGCUGAAAUUGCCAUCAUAUCUUCAUCUUCAUCCGCUCGUAGAAGCUCUUGCGAAAAAGCACCAUAUUGCCGGAGUACCCAGUUUGGAUGAAGAAUCGGAUGGCGAGCUCGAAUAUAAGUCUGACGAUGCACUUGCUCCGAACGGGUUAGGAAUAAGAGAUGUAACUGGGGAAGAAGAAGAGGCUGUUUUGGAUGAUUCACCUGAAACAUUUGAGGAAGGUCGUAACCAGCAACAACCGACCUGGCAUUAUCAAAACCUAAGAGCAUUGCAGCGUUAG